CACACAAAGUAAUUGAAACGAAUGAAACAGUUUCUAAAUAAUUUCGUGUAAAACAAAGUGUCAGAAAGAAGAUAUUGAAAUAAUAAAGUUUCAUUGUUUAAAAAAAAUAUUCAGCGUAUCUCAAAGUUAUUAUUUAAUAUCACGCAUUAUUACUCAUGUCUCUGCUGAACCAUUCCGAACAAUAACUUUUUCGAAACAGAGGGGAAGGGAAAAGGUGAUUGUCGAACAUCUGUCACCAAGCGAAGACUACGUCUGACUACGUCUAUGAGCUCGAAAAACCGCAACACCAUCAUGGCAUCUGCUUUUGUGAUUUUUUGAAGAGUGCUAACUACAUAUAUUCUAUAAACUAGUAUUAAAUAAGUUUCUUUUCUAGAAAGGAAUUGUUUUUUUUUUUUCGUAUUUUGAAUCAGAAUCAUGAGCUCUGGUAGACCUAUCAAAUGCGUUGUAGUAGGAGAUGGAACAGUUGGAAAAACAUGUAUGUUAAUAUCAUAUACCACAGACAGUUUCCCUGGAGAAUAUGUACCAACUGUAUUUGAUAAUUAUUCAGCACCCAUGGUGGUGGAUGGAAUUCCUGUAAGCUUAGGACUUUGGGACACGGCAGGCCAAGAAGAUUAUGACAGACUUCGGCCUCUCUCUUAUCCACAGACUGAUGUAUUUCUUAUAUGUUUUUCUGUAACAAGUCCUUCGUCUUUUGAAAAUGUUACUAGUAAAUGGUAUCCAGAAAUAAAACACCACUGCCCAGAUGCACCGAUGAUACUUGUUGGAACUAAAAUAGAUUUACGAGAUGAUCGUGAAACUUUAAUUGCCUUAGCUGAACAAGGACUUAGUGCCAUAAAGAGAGAACAAGGACAAAAAUUGGCUAAUAAGAUUCGUGCUGUAAAAUACAUGGAAUGUUCUGCUCUCACACAACGUGGCUUAAAACAAGUAUUUGAUGAAGCAGUUCGUGCAGUUUUAAGACCUGAACCACAAAAACGUCGACAGAGAAGAUGCAUUAUGUUAUAAAUUACAAGGGAAAUGGAAUCUCACUGAUAUAGGUAAACACUCACAUGAAAUGACAGACUGAAAUUAGUUUGGUCAUAAGAAAGAUACGAUAGAUGUACUAAGAAGAGAUAGCAGCGCAUACAAUUUAAUAAAUUUUUCUGGCAGCUGCAGUUCACCGUGUUACAAAUAAAGUACAAUUUACAACUUCCUGGUCCUAAUGUAAGUUGUAACACUGAAACAAGACUUGAAAGUUUAGACAACGAGAAAGUAUAAUAUUGUAAUAAUUUUACAACAUUACUUAUUAAAUCCAUAGAAAAAGUUUGGUACAAUUUUAUGCAGAGUGAACUUUUUAAAUUUAUAUCAUAGUACGAUUAUAUUUAUCGGUGAACUAGUCAGUAUGACGAUUAAUAGGAAACAAUCAUGAGAAAUAUGGUUUAAUGAUAGCUUUUCAUUUUAUUUUGCAGUAGACUUAUUGAUUAGAAGUAUACUCAUUAAAUUAUUAUAAUAUUGUGUGAAUGUGUUGUGUCUGUCAAAAAUAAGAUAAAAAAGGAUAACAAAGCUUUACUUAUCAUGGCUGCCAGAGUUUCGAUUUUUAUAUUUAUGACAGUAGAAAAAAAGGAUAUAUUCAUUUUAGGAGGUAUACAUGUUAGUUACUGUAGCAAUCGAUAUACUAACAAAUUUUACAAGUUGAAAAAUUAGUAUCAUAGACUUAAAUAAACAGUGCCAUAGCAUCGAAAAAUCAAAAAAUCAAAGCCAGCACUUUUUACAUCAAUUGUAUGCAAUAAAAUUAUUAACAAGAUUAAUAAAUCUUUUGCAGUAAAAUGUCGAAUUUCUACGUAAAUAAUAAUGAAAUAAGAUGACACUAAGUUCGACAUUCAGCAAUGAGAACUUGUAGAUACUAUUUUGAAAAUUAUUACUAUUCUUCAUGGGAUACUUCAUUGUUUACAAUUUAAACAUUUUAUCAACAUAUGCAUAGUAAGAGAAUGAACUGUAGUGUAUUUUGUGUAUAUUGAUAUUUAUUGUAUUUUGAUUAUUUAAAAGUUAAGGAUAUAUAUUAAUAUUAUUUUAUUGCAAACAGAUAUCAAAUAUCAUACUUUUUAAUUCCAUUGUUGCAUGUAAUAGAUACAGUAUUGUACAGGUUGUGUGUUACAUAGAUACAAUCUGACUAUAGACAUUAUUGACAUUAUUGAGAGCCUAUGAAUUAUUUUUCAUAUAUAUAAGUGAGCUUAUUUUGCAAAAAUAAUAAUCAAAAUAAAUGCGGAAUAAUAAAAUAAAAAUAAUGUGAAAUAUCAAUGAUAAGGAUAUGAUGCUAUGCACAGUUACACAAGAAAGAGAAUAGCACAAUGUAUUUUAAAUAAAACCAUAACAUUUUUUUCGUUUAAAUAUUUAUAGAUUUAAACUAUUGCACUCACUAAUGAAAAGUAUGAACAUGGUGCAAAAGUCAGUGUUUGCUAUAAAAUUCACUGCAAUUACAGUUAAAAUUUUUAAAAGACUUUCAUUGAUUUAUAUUAAACUACAAAUUCAAAUGGUAUUUGUGCCAUGGAUAUCAAAUAAAAACAUGCUCUAUAUAAGGGAUUCAAAUAUAACGUAGUGUGAUGAUAACAGAUAUAUUCCUCCACUUGUGAACAUGCUAUUUUUUAUAUUCAAAAAAUUUAGAAUAGAAAAGGAUAGGACUUGAGUGCCAUAUGCUUUUUAAUCUGUAAACCAACUGAAUGCCAUAUUCUGUUCGUGUUUAUAAUCAGUGUGAAUUUUGAGCAAAUUAUAACGCGAGUCCAUGAGUAAAGAAUUUUUAUCAUAGGUGAGAAUAUUCUAACAAGACAGUAAUGCUUGCUAGGUGUACAUACUGUAGCAUAGAAACAGAAAAUUUUGGAUUUCAAUCAGACAUAUAUAAGUUAUUUUUUUUUUUCUUUAUACAAUUUUGAGUACAAUAAAACAUUCAAGUAAUUAGAUGUUUGAUUGAGAUUUAAAAUAUGUCUGAGAUGUUUGCAGUAAACUGUAUGCUAUAAUAUUGAACUUAAUUUUUAAAACUUAGAAUAUUGAUUUUUAUAAAUUAAUUGUACAUGAAAUUUCUUUAUAAACUUCAACAAAUUGAAGUGAACUAUAAUAUGAUAUUUUAAUAGCUGCUAGAGGAUAUCUUCCAGAUUAAGACAUGAUUUAAUGAUGCAAAUUGUUAACUAACAAUUUUGUUGCAUCAAAUAUUGCACAGUUUUAAAUACAAAGAAUAUUUCAUACCUUUUUGACAUUUUAAGCCAUAGGAAUUUAUCCAUAUGUACGAUCGUACAUAUGUAUCGCAUAACGCACUAAGUUUAGAGAAUAAACAUAUAACGUUUAUGUAUUAUAUUACUAUGUUAUAUAUAUAUAUAUCGAUUUGCAUUUAUUGUAAGUAGUGCAAUUCUUUUAUAUAGCUUUUCAAAAUAAUUUGAUUUGCUCAUAUCAUAGUAUAUUAAAGAAUAAAAAAAAAAAAAUCUGUUAUAUCUUGAUAUAUCAAUGUAAUGCAUAUAUUCUGUUUUAAUUAAAAUCAAUAAUUGAAACUAUCGUGAUUAUAAAUAGAUUCAUAAAAAAAAAAAUUAUCAAAUUUGGCAAGAGAUUUUCUAAUUUUUACAUAAUAUACAUAGUAUCAAUCGCAAAUAAAGUAUUAAUAAUAUAAAAAGUAAUGUUUUUAUUCACGAUAUACGGUGUAACAUGUUUUCGAGGCAGCUGUUUUAAAUAGUUUAGCUUUAUAUUUAACUAUAUGAGAUCAAAACUUUUUAUAAUUUUCUUUUUUUAUUACAGAUUCAAUUAUAGGAUGAUAUAUUUAUCAAUGAUAGUACUCUGAGUACAAAUACAUCAAUAACAUAAAUUACACUACUUACAGCUCAUGCAGCUUAAGAAAAGUCGCAUUUUCCUUCUUGUUUGGAUAAUAUCACUAAAAAUGCUAUAAACCAAAGCUAUGUAUUACAAUCUAUUGUAACUUUUACAGUUUUUAUUAUAUACUUUUGCACAUAAGACUAUAAAUGAAUGUAUGAAGUGUAAAAAGAUUCUAGUCACAUCAUGAAUUAUCUUCUGACUUAUUUGUCUGAACAAUGUAAUGAAUUAAUAUUAUGUGUACUGUUGAAUCAUUCUGCAGUAAAAUAAUUUCUAAAUGAAAUAAAAACAUCACAUCAAAAAAGUAUAAUAAGGCAAACAAACAAAUGCGAGAUAUGGCCUAGCUUGAAAUAUUGUCAAUUUACAUGUAACAAUUCAAAACCAAAAAGGAGGAUAAAAAGAAAAAAAAAAAAAUAUACAUGCUAGAAUACGCUUUGUUAUGAAUAAUUUAUAAAAUUUAAUAUCUCUAUCUAUUUUCUUAAAAUUUUCUGUAACAUUAUACAUUUAUUAAUUAAGGCAGUAUAAGAGCACUUAUUAAAUCUUAUGCUAUAAAAGAAUGUUUAACUUAUGAUUAUUAAUCGUAAAUACAAAAUAUACUUUCCUUCUAUUGCAUUAAUAAUUAAUAAUCAAUUAAAUUUAUUAUUUGAUUUUAAACAAUCAUGAAUAUACAUUUAUACAUAUAAAAAAUGUAUUAAAUCUGACAUUUUCAUUUUCCACUUUUUUAUGAGUUUAUUCAAUUUGCAACUCUUCUGCUGCCAGUAAACUGAAAGACGGAGUUAAAUUAUUGUGGCCUAAAGUUAAUUUUAAUUAUCCUAUUUUUUUACACGAAAGUACAUUCUCGAUAAUUAUCACACAGACAACUGAAUCGCAUAAUGGCAUGUUCUACAUGGAAGCAUUUAUUUUUUAUUUAUAUGUAUUUUGAACAAAAUCUUUUUGAAUAAACUAUACAUUAUACAUUA